UAAUAUUGUGGCCUUUCUCCUUCUCCUCUCUCUGUCUCUCUCUCUCUUCCAGGUCCCUCCAAAAGCUCUUCGUCCAGCUCAAGAGCCACAACCCCAUUUUCCAUUUGAGCUCACCCUCCACAGCUGUAAUGGAAUUCCCUCUCCCCAAUUGAGAUUUCUCACCCUAUAUCUCUGAUGCACCCGCCCCCGCCCCCACCAUAUUAAAGCACGACAAGCCAUACAUACAAGGCUGCCCCCUGCAGCUUUCCAUUCUCUCCUCUGCACCGACCUGACCCGACCCGAGCCCCACCUGUUCGUUCUGCUCUCCUUCUGGUUCAGUCGACAAAAAUGGAGUAUUGGCCUCCUUCGGUCGCCGUGGACGACGAGUUCGAGAAGCUCGUUCGCAGAGUUAACCCGCCCAGGGUAACAGUUGAUAACGAUUCCAGCAAGAAGGCCACGCUGGUCAAGGUCGAUAGUGCCAAUAAGAGGGGGAGCCUGCUGGAGGUGGUUCAGGUCCUGACGGAUAUGAAUCUGUUAAUUCGCCGGGCUUACAUCUCUUCCGAUGGAGAGUGGUUCAUGGAUGUUUUCCAUGUUACUGAUCAGUACGGGAAUAAGCUGGCUCAGGACGACGUAGCGGACCGAAUUCAACAGUCACUGGGACCUCGGGUUCGGAGCUUUCGGUCCCGGAGAAGCUCUGUGGACGUACAGUCAGCAAUGGAGCACACCACAAUUGAAUUGACAGGGAGGGACCGCCCAGGCCUGCUUUCCGAGGUCUCCGCUGUCCUUGCUGACCUCAAGUGCAAUGUUGUGGCUGCAGAGGUGUGGACACACAACUCGAGGAUGGCCUCAGUCGUUUACAUCACUGAUGAGGCCUCGGGGAACCCCAUAGAUGACCCAGCUAGGCUUGACAAGGUGAAGCAGCUUUUAUUGUACGUCCUCAAGGGAGACAUGGACAAGAGGAGUGCUAACACGGCUGUCUCGGUCGGUUCCACACACACUGAGCGCAGGCUCCACCAGUUGAUGUAUGCUGACCGGGAUUAUGAUGCUGAUGAUGGCUCGAGAGGGAGGGCGCGGGGAAAGCCAUUUGUGACGGUGGAGAAUUGUCGGGAUAAGGGGUACACAGUGGUGUAUUUGAGGUGCCAGGACAGGCCAAAGCUUAUCUUUGACACAGUUUGCACUCUUACGGACAUGGAGUACGUGGUUUACCAUGGGACUGUGAUUGCAGAAGGCCCUGAGGCUUAUCAGGAAUACUAUAUCCGUCAUAUGGAUGGGUACCCUAUUAGUUCGGAAGCAGAGAGGCAACGGGUGAUCAAUUGCUUGGAGGCUGCCAUCAAGAGACGAACUUCGGAGGGGAUGAGACUAGAGCUCUGUUGUGAGGACAGAGUCGGGCUUUUGUCAGAUGUAACUCGUAUAUUCAGAGAGAAUGGCCUCACAGUGACCCGAGCUGAGGUCACCACCAGGGGUUCCCAGGCCGUGAAUGCAUUCUACGUGACCGACUCCUCAGGGAAACCAGUCAAGAGCGAGACGAUCGAGGCUGUCCGUAACGAGAUUGGCCUGACAAUCCUCCGUGUGACUGAUGAUUCCCAGUCGAAGCCUCUGGCCCAUGAGAGCAGCACGACCGGGAAGUUCUCUCUGGGGAACCUGUUCCGUUCUCGGUCGGAGAAGUUCCUCUACAACUUGGGCUUGAUAAGGUCGUGUUCUUGAAGUCGCUUCAAGUAGGAAAGUUUCCUGUACAUGUUAGCGCAGGCUCGGUGAAGGAAAACUGUUGAUCAUGGAGUUGGCCGAUCCACUUGGGUCAAUCAAUCACUUAUUGAUUAUGUAGGGUCAAGAGAUUGAAUUUGCUAGAUCGGGUUCUAACCUGUAAAGUUUGAUGUAAAUAGUCUUCAGUUCUUUCCUAGCUAGCCACUGUUCUUUAACAACAUUGCACAUAACAUGAGAUUCUGCUAUGUUGCUGCACAAAAAGAAAGAUUCUGGCC